CAGUCUGAAAGUUUGUUCGUGAGCGCCCGCCUUCGCGCUGAGUUUCCGGACGAACUCGAAUCGUUAUCAUUCGUUACAAAAUGUUUGUGAACUAUGCAAAUUAACUUUAUUUAAUGUUUUUAAUCUGUGCUGUUUUGAGUUGGACUUGUGAUUAAUUUGCAGUGGGAGUGGAAGUUUUGUUUUUCAUUGUAUUACUGGAGUUUGAUCAGUGAUAAUGUAAUCUGUACGAAAACAAAAGAAAUGGUUUAAAAAAAAUGCAUCAUCGCCUGGGCCAAUGAAAGAGAUGCGCAGGAGUAUGGAUGGACCGUAGGAUGCGCGUCAUUCCGGCGCUUAUUUGCUUCAUGUUCACCUUAUCACCUGUCUUAGCAUUUAUACCUGGAGUUGACGGUCCAGUCAUAGCUCAAGAAGCUAUAGAGGGAGGUAAAACUACGUUGUUCUGUGAUUCUGCAACAGAUUCCCCAAAUGACGAGCUGAUGCUUUUAGUUUGGUACAAGGACAAUGCGCCUAUUUAUAGUUACGAUGCUCGUAUAGCCAGCGAAUGGUCUAGCUCAUCAUUCAAUACCAGUAGCAGAUUAAAGGCAGACCUGCAAAAUGAACCUACAGCACUCACCAUAACAAAAUUAAGAGGUGAUGAUCAGGCACUUUACCAUUGCCGAGUGGAUUUCCUUCUAGCACCAACCAGGAAUAUUGGUGUCAAUUUAACGGUCAUUGUUCUCCCCAGUCAACCAUUCUUUUUGGAUGAACUCGGAAACAAAGUGGAAAGUAAAAUUGGACCGUACCACGAAGGUGAUACGUUAGUCCUGAGCUGCCUUGUUAUUGGAGGUCGUCCACCUCCAAGAAUAAUUUGGUAUUCCGGCAAAGAUCUGGUUGAUGCAUCAGACGGAGCUAGCGAUAUACCGGGAGUAAGAGAGAACGAAUUAUACCUUCCUCUUACUCGUCACAACGCCGAGUCUCUCUCAUGUAAAGCCAGUAAUACAGACCUUAUUCCUCCGCUGAGAGCUUCACUGCAAAUUGAAUUGUUUUUACCAGCAUAUAACGUUACUAUACACUGGGUGCGCGGGUUAGUAGAAGACUCUCUAAGAGCAGGUAGACCAGCAAUCGUGCAAUGCAUAGCUCAUGGCUCCUACCCUCCACCCGAGAUUACGUGGUGGCUGGAUCACCGACAUCUCACACAACAUAGCAAUCAAAGUUGGGAUAAUGUAACCCGAAAAGCUGAGUCGUUUUUGGAGUUUACGCCUGCGGUAAACGAAAAUGGUGCAACACUGGCUUGCGUCGCAACCAACACUGCGAUGGAACCAGGAAGGGACUCAAAAGCAGAUGUCAUCAUUUUAAAUGUUACCUAUAGUCCAAUAGUAGAAUUAUCAAAACUAGGAGAUGGAAGACUGAAUGAAGUGGUCGAGUUGGACAGCUUGCAUUUGGAGUGUGAAGUUAAAGCAAACCCACCAGUUUUGAGCUUUACUUGGUAUUUUAAUGACAUAGAAAUACGACCUAAUAGAUGGUGGGGUAGUCAGGUUGCAUCUCAAACGCUAUUAGUAGAAGAAGCUACAAGGAGACACGCUGGUCGAUACUCCUGUGCAGCUCGGAAUAAUAUUGGAGAAACAAGAGCGGAAUCUAUCAAUAUCACUGUAUUUUAUCCACCAGAAUGUCAGGAGCAUGGUGUAACACUAAUUAAAGAAACAUUGAAAUGCAAUGUUAAAGCACUCCCCCCACCUGACACAUUCUUCUGGCACAUCCAACCAGUAGACGAGGAUGUUCAACAUUUAACAACUGGCUCAGCAAUUCUACCACUUACACAAAUCACAGGAUCUUUAUCGAGAACAUUAGAUGCCACCUGUGAAGCUGGUAAUGGUAUUGCUUCUCAAGAAAAGCCAUGUAAAAAGACAUUCAGCUUCGAACAGCUUCGACCUCCGCAGCCACAGCAGUGUGAUUUAGCCUUUGAAUAUGAAGAAUUUCAAAUGAGAUGUAUUCCAGUGGAAAAUGCAACAUACUAUGAAGUAUCUGUUUGGCGAAUGUCAACAUCCAAUUCUUCUUUGGUUCUCGAUAGAAGAGGAUCAAUGGGUUAUGGUAUGAGCCAGGCUCUCGCACAAGGUGAAGGCGUCCCCUGGCUUGUAAGAGGUAAUUUGGGGAAUUUAAACGUGGGAGACGAAGCGGGAGCUUCUGCUUGUAAUAGAUACGGAUGUUCCACGGCCUUACUAUUACGACCCACGGAGAAUUUAUUACAUGCUGCCGCUAAUCCUUGGUGGAAAUUUCUCCUCGAAAAAGAUGUCGGUAUAUCUGUGGGUGCGGUGGUACUGGUAGCAGUGUUCGUGCUGUCCACCGUGCUCGCUGUACGUCUGGCUCGACGGGCGCGCUCCAAGCCCACGCCCGUCAUACAAGUACUGCAACUGGAUGAUGUUGCCCGUGAUUACCUGGAAACAAUUGGAGGUAGAUCAUAAAGUCCACGCUUCACGCAGUCUUCGCUCUUGCAGUAGCGGCUACUCUGAUGGUUCGGCUGAAUCAGCACCAACGGUUGACAGAAGACGUAAACCAAGGUUAUGGGACUGGGAACCACCACCAGACGUGACUCUUACGAUACAUAGAGAAAGUGCAGUGUAAUUAAUGUAUUCUUUCAAGUGAUAUAGUUACAAUGUUUCGAAAAAUGAAAAGUUUAAAGGGCAUUGACGUAAGACAUUUAUCAUGAAAAUUAUUUUAAAUGACCAAUAUACCGAACUUUGGAAGUCAUACAACAGUUAGUGCUUUUUUUGCGUAAAAUAUAAUUACUGGUGUAUUUUUAUCGAUUACUACAAUGUCGACUGUUGUUAUUCCGUUUUUGGAUUGAAAUUUUGAUUGAUUAAAUAUGAAAAUAUAUGAAAAUCCUAAUAUAAUAAAACCAAUAUUUACUAACUGUAGAGAUAUUCUGUAAGCACAAACUCGCAGCUCAUGUAAAAUGACAGAAGGUGAUACGCGACAUUGAAUUUAACAUUUAUAUAAAUUAAAAUAGCGUAUCACCGUAAGUCGGAUCUUAAUAUUUCACGAAAGACAUGCGUACAUACGUUCUUACAGAAUAGCACUGAUUCGCGAGGUCGCAAAUGUGCGCUUAAUAAAUGCAUUUAUUUUAAAUCAAACUACUACGAAUAAACAUUUUAAAUAGUUUGUAUAUAAUUAAUAA